CACCGCUUCGUAGGAGAGCGAACGCUUCUCGUCGCGUUCCAGGCCGCGACGGGCGCUCCUCUCUCCCCAAUUUGCUCCCCUCCUCCAAUUGCCUUACGAUCGAUCCGCAUGGAGGAAGGCGGCGCGACCGCGAGGCCGAGGAGAGCGACGGGGCGCCUGUGCUCCACUUGUAACCAGAGGAAGGCCGCGCUGAAGCGUCCCAAAACCCUAGAGCAGAUCUGUAGGGAAUGCUUCUACAGCGUUUUUGAGGAUGAGAUACAUAAUGUUAUCAUGGACAACAAUCUGUUUAAACCUGGUGAGCGUGUUGCGGUUGCAGCUUCUGGAGGGAAAGAUUCAACUGUUCUUGCAUAUGUUAUGUCAGAAUUGAAUCGUCGGCACAACUAUGGCUUAGAUCUUUUCCUUUUGUCUGUUGAUGAAGGCAUUACUGGUUACAGGGAUGACUCACUUGAAACUGUUAAAAGAAAUGAAAUCGAGUAUGGGUUGCCACUGAAGGUGGUUUCUUACAAGGAUUUGUAUGGUUGGACAAUGGAUGAGAUAGUGAAGACAAUAGGCCUGAAAAACAAUUGUACCUUUUGUGGAGUAUUUCGCCGUCAGGCUCUAGAUCGAGGUGCUGCGUUACUGAAAGCAGAUAAGCUUGUUACUGGGCAUAAUGCAGAUGAUAUUGCGGAGACUGUUCUACUGAAUAUUUUACGGGGUGACAUUGCAAGGUUGAGUAGGUGUACUUUUAUAACUACUGGUGAAGAUGGACCUAUUCCAAGAUGCAAGCCUUUCAAGUACACAUAUGAGAAAGAGAUUGUUAUGUAUGCAUAUUUCAAGAAGCUGGAUUAUUUCUCCACUGAAUGCAUAUAUUCACCCAAUGCUUAUCGUGGGUUUGCUCGUGAAUUUAUUAAAGAUUUGGAAAGAAUGAGACCAAGAGCUAUUUUAGACAUCAUUAGAUCAGGUGAGAAUUUUAGAACAGCGACAUCAACCAAGAUGCCAGAGCAAGGAACAUGUGAGCGUUGUGGUUAUAUUUCUAGCCAGAAGUUGUGUAAAGCAUGCCUUUUGCUGGAGGGAUUGAAUCGAGGUCUACCAAAACUUGGUAUUGGAAGAGCAAGAGGCACCAAUGGUCUGAAUAAGCGCGUUGAACAAAGAAAUUUACGUUCAGAAAGGACUGGAUCUAAUAUAGAGAGCAAACAAUGCGGAACCCUUGACUUCUGAGUACCUGUUACAGAUUGAUGUUCAAGCUAACGUUAGAGCUAUGUCGACCGGGAAUUCAGACAAUGUUCCGUGAAACUUGUGGUUUUUAUUUUCUUUCUUCUAGACGGUACAAACCACAAAUAUUACAAAUGUUAUCAGUUGUACAAGUGCAGUUGUAAAAAAAAAGAAAACUAUUUUUUCUUUUCUAUCAUGAUGGCUGAUAUUUGUAAA